AUGAAUUCAUCAACUGUUUAUUUUCUCACUUACUACAUUGUACUACUAUUCAUCACUCAACAAAGAUUGGUAGUGAUAUGUUCGGAUGAAGAAGAACGUUUGAUGGUGGAUGUGUUCCGAGGGUAUAAUUCACUCAUUCAACCAGUUCGAAAUUUGAACGAAACUCCGAUCAUUGUUAAAAUUGCUUUACAGCUUGCUCUACUGAUUAAUGUUGAUGAAAAAGAUCAGAUUAUGCACACAAAUGUUUGGCUUACUUUGAAGUGGCACGAUUUUCAAAUGCGUUGGAAUCCGGUAGACUACGGUGAAAUUCAAAAUAUUCGAGUUGCACCGGACAAAGUUUGGCUGCCAGAUAUCGUUUUAUUCAAUAACGCUGAUGGAAAUUAUGAAGUAUCAUUUAUGUGUAAUGUUGUGAUCAAUUACAAAGGUGAAAUGCUAUGGGUACCACCAGCCAUCUACAAAAGUUCUUGUAUCAUUGAUGUUGAAUUCUUCCCGUUCGAUGAGCAAACAUGUCAUUUGAUUUUUGGAUCAUGGACGUACAAUGAAAAUGAGAUAAAGCUUGAAUUCGAGCAAGCGGAAUGGGUCGACUUAUCUGAAUAUGCGCCAAGUUCAAUUUGGGAUGUUAUGGAUGCGCCUGCCGUUUUAGUCAAUAAGCGUUCACGCAUCGAAUUUCAAGUUAGGAUAAGGAGGAAGACUCUAUUUUAUACUGUUGUGCUGAUCAUUCCAACUGUAUUAAUGGCAUUUUUAAGUAUGGCUGUGUUCUUUCUUCCAACUGACUCAGGCGAGAAAAUGACACUUACUAUAUCAGUAUUACUUUCAAUAGUUGUUUUUCUAUUGCUUGUCUCCAAAAUUUUACCGCCGACCUCAUCCACAAUCCCACUAAUGGCCAAGUAUUUACUGCUCACUUUCGUGCUCAAUGUUAUUACUAUACUUGUCACUGUUAUUAUAAUUAACGUUUAUUUUCGUGGUCCAACCACUCAUCGGAUGCCUAAAUGGGUACGAACUGUUUUUUUGCAGAUAAUGCCUAAAUUGCUGUGUAUGCAAAGACCAAAACCGUUAUUGCGUAACUUUACUCAAAAGAAUGGACAUCCAAUUACCGCCGCAUUUCCUGAUAUCAGUGAAUUGAAACUGAAUCCAUCCAUACAUCAUCCAUUAUGUCCAUCUGCUGAUACUGAUAUUAGACAGCCGCCAGCAAUAGAAUUAACUCAUGUUGACAGUAUAGAGCAGUUGGAAAGAGACCCAUCUACAAGUGCUUACUAUCCACUCAGUCCAGACGCUUUACGUGCCAUUGAUGCCAUCGAAUAUAUAACAAAUCAUUUGAAGCAGGAUGAGGAAUAUAAAAUGUAUCGCGAUGACUGGAAAUAUGUGGCAAUGAUCAUCGACAGACUAUUGCUAUACGUAUUCUUCGGUAUUACAGUUGGUGGUACCUGCGGUAUAUUGUUUUCUGCACCUUAUGUCUUUCAAGGCGUUGAUCAACGAGCUGAACUACAACGUCUUAUUCAUUUGUACAAAAAUGGUGGCGAAAUUUGA